UAAUAUUAUUGUAUAAAUAUACAUAUGCAUAUCUUAGAAAUUGGCAAUCUCUUAGAUUUAGUAUGGCAGCUCUUAAGAACACAUAGUAUUUAUACUACCACCUGUUUUCAUGUUAUCAAACAACUCAAAGUCUAAAUACCCAUUAUAAAGUAGUGCAAAAAUUUUCAUUUUUUAUUUCGGAUUUAGGCAAUGGCAUCUACUGGUAUUUUGGUGGUAUCGAAUGUAAAAAUUCUAGGCAAAUCAUUACGUAGUAUAGAAAAGUAUGUGAAUUCACUAUACAUUCAUUUAAACAUUCCGGACAGUCUUUCGCAACCAGUGCCUGCUUGGGGACGCUUAAUUUCUCAGUUAUAUAUUGAUAGUCAAAGUUAUUUUAAUAGCAAUAAUGUCGACAUGAAAAUACUUGUUGGUCCACUGAAAAACAGCAAUCAUCUUCAAACUCCUAAGCAAAUCGACAUGAUAUUUUCGGAUGCUCAUUUUCCGGAUAUUUGUAAUAAUUUACGUAAGAAUCUUAACAUUAGCAGCGAUUCAAUAUACUUGGAAGAAGGAACUAUAAAUAACAUUUCCGAAUAUCGCUGCGAAACUGAUGCAAAUAAAACUUACGACACAGUUGUUCUUGGUGGUACAUUUGAUCGGAUACAUAUUGGACAUAAAAUAUUUUUAACUCAAGCCGUUCUCAGAGCUUGCCGCAGGCUGGUAGUGGGUGUUACAACAUCAAAAAUGACUAAAUCAAAAGUACUACCUGAACUUAUUUUACCGGUGGAACAACGCAUUCAAGAAGUUAAGGAGUUUUUAAUAGAGAUCGAUUCUACAUUACAAUAUGAUAUUGUUCCUAUUGAUGAUCCAUAUGGACCGACUCAAACUGACCCUAAUAUGGAUAUGAUUAUGGUGAGUGCCGAAACAUUACGUGGUGGACAGAAGGUUAACGAAAUCCGUUUAAAAAAUGGAUUGAAACCUGUUGAAAUAUAUAGUAUAGAUGUUGUGGAAAGUAGUGUUGAGGAUGGUCCCAAAGAACAUAAAAUCAGUUCGAGUAAUACACGAAUAGAUUUACUUGGAACUCGGAUACGCGCACCUCAGAACUUUCAGCACUCAUCUGCGCUUCCAGCUGAACCCUAUAUAAUUGGGCUUACAGGCGGUAUUGCUUCGGGUAAAAGUAAAAUGGCCGAACAAUUGCAAAAAUUUGGUGCUGUUAUAUUAGAUUGUGAUAAAAUAGCACAUGAAAUCUAUGAACCCGGCAAGGAUUGUUACAAAAGAAUUAUAGAAUAUUUUGGCAGUGAUAUAGUUGAUUCAGAUGCAGUUAUAAACCGAAGCAAACUAGGUGCUAUUGUUUUUAGUGAUCCCAUAAAAUUAGAAGCUUUAAAUAACAUUGUGUGGCCUGAAUUACUAUUAGAAGUUAAGCGACGAAUUUCUGAUUUGUGUGAGAGGCAUCAAUGUCAAGUAGUAGUAGUUGAGGCUGCUAUACUUUUAAAAGCUGGCUGGGAGUCAGAUUGUCAUGAAGUAUGGUCAAUGAUUAUACCUCCCGAAGAAGCUGUUAAACGAAUAAUGCAACGUAAUCAACUUAGUCAGGCGGAAGCACUAAAACGCAUAGCCAAUCAAAUUGAUAAUUCUGAAGUUGUUUCUAGAUCAAAUAUCGUUUUUAGUUCUCAAUGGGAUGAAAGUUUUACAUGUAAACAAGCGGAAAAGGCAUGGAAUUUACUUAUGAAUGACAUAAACAAAAUUAAUAAGCCAAGCAUGUUAUGAUGAUAUACAUAUACACAAAACAGAGCGUGCCUUUAUAAC